UUCCUUCCUCGCGAGCCCUCCGCGCUAGGGUUUCUGGCGGCCGGCUGCCCAUCUUCUCGGAGACGGCGUCGUCUCAACUGAGGAAUCGAGGCUCGAGGCCUAUGACGGAGGCCCGGGACGAAGCCCAGGAAAAGGUCCAGCCCACAAAGAGGAUCCGGCAGCCAGCCAAAGAGCCAACCGCUACGCGUCUGUCUGACGACGGGGUCAAGUGAGGUUUCUCUCUUAAAAAAAAUGUAAAUCCAUCAAUUGAAAAAUAGCCGUUGGCUUGUAAAUCCAUCACACGGGAUCGGAGAGGCGGCCUUCAUCUCGGAGCAAUCCCCCAUCCAAUUCGCCCAAAUCCGCAUCAGGCUGCUGAGAGAGAGAGAGAGAGAGAGAGAGAGAGAGAGAGAGAGAGAGAGAGAGAGAGAUGGGUAGGGCAAGAAGGGGAACGGCGGCCAAGGGCAAGAGGAGGCCGCGUCCUGCGGCGAAGGCGGCAGCCGUGGCGGGCGACGGGCACGAGGAAACCAAAGAUGGACCUGAGAAAGCCGCCGGCGGCGGGGGCCGCUUCUUCUGCUGCUACCUCCUCCGUUCGCUCUGCCCGCGCAGCAAGAGCCGCACGUACAUCGGGUUCACGGUGAACCCGCGGCGGCGGAUCCGGCAGCACAACGGCGAGCUCCGAUGCGGCGCCUGGCGGACCAAGCGCGGCCGCCCCUGGGAGAUGAUGCUCUGCAUCUACGGCUUCCCCACCAACGUCGCCGCCCUCCAGUUCGAGUGGGCGUGGCAGCACCCAACCGAGUCGCUGGCCGUCCGCAAGGCCGCCGCCGAAUUCAAGUCGCUCGGCGGCAUCGGCAACAAGGUCAAACUCGCCUACACCAUGCUCAACCUCCCUUCAUGGGAGAACUUGAAUCUGACGGUGAACUUCUUCUCCACCAAGAAUACCAAGUUCACCGCGGGCUGCCCGGCCCUCCCCUGCCACAUGAAGACUGUCGUUAGCCCGAUGGAGGAUCUCCCGUGCUACGUCGAGGGCCUUUCGUCCGAGGAGGAUAUUAUGGAGCCUAGAGAGGAUGAAGAAGAACCAGAUGCGGUUGUUGGCAGCGACGCUUCUGAUCAUGGUUUGCAGACACUGGAUUUGGAAACCAGAAUUGUAGGCGGUGAAUCAGACACUGAUGAGUUUUUUGCUCCAAUGGAUCGGAGUGAGGUCAUUGCAUCAAGAAUUUCAGAAUCCUCUGCAGCCCAGCCAGUGGAAGAAGAAACCAGAAUUGCUGACUGUGAUGUUGAAUAUACCGUUGAUGACUUCGGUGAAUCAGACACUGAUGAGUUUUUUGCCCCGAUGGAACGGAGUGGGGUCUGUGGAUCAAGAAUUUCAGAAUCCUCUGCGGCCCAACCAGUGGAAGAAGAAACCAGAAUUGCUGACUCUGAUGUUGAAUAUCCCACUGAUGACUUCGGUUACAUGGAAUGGGGAGGAAUUCACGAGACAUCGGAAUUGCACGUGUCUAGAACACCACCUCGAUGUUCCUCGAGCUCGUGCAGCGAUGAUGUUGCUGGAAGAUCAGUAAACUGUGUGACAGGAGAAGCAUCUCCAGUGUUGAAGGCAGGUUCAGACGAUGGUAAUCUUUUCUUCCAUGAAAUUGAUGUGGUAGACUUGGUUACACCAGUCGCCCGGUUUGCUAGAGAUUGCAGCAAAGUGGCCAGCAUUUGCCCCAAGAUUAUUGAUCUGACAAAUUCCCCUAUUGUCAUUGAGUUGUAAUGCUUUGCUGGACUGAUCCAGUACCAAAUCUUGUUGUAGUAAAAUGUUAUCAUAGAAUAACAGCCCAGAGAUGAGACAGACGUAUACAGUAGGCAGAUUUGUACAAGACUGGGUGUUGAGACUCGCAGUACUCUUUUCUUGAGACAGAAUUGUUCACACACAAAAAAAAGAACAAGUAUUCUUGUUGUUUUAUCAGAAAUAAUUUAUUGGGGUUCUACUAAUUUC